UAGCAGGGGAGGGGGCCUCUCGGAUGACGGUCCCGGCUAGGGGAGGGUGCGGGAGGCGGGACCAGAUCAGUGGCCGUUCCACGGUGCUGGCGAGUCUGGGACUAGGGCUGGAGAAAUCGCCGGUGAGCAUCGUCACCACUCCAGCACCGAGCCUCGUCUGGCCGAACACUGCGCCGUGCACUCGUCGGGAUUGCACAACAUUCCUGAGAAAUAUACCUGCUAUUUAUGGCAUGUGGCUGGUAACUUUAUUCCUGCUGUAUUCUUUACAAGAAGUGAACAGUGAGGAUGUGGUCUCGCCGCGGCUGUACUUUGUAAACGCCUCCCUGCAGCGGGUGACCUUCUCCAGCUCGGUCGGGGUGUCCCUGCCCUGCCCUGCGGGCGGCGCACCCCAUGCCGUCCUGCGCUGGUACCUGGCCACCGGCGACGACAUCUACGACGUGCCCCACAUCCGCCACGUGCACGCCAACGGCACCCUCCAGCUCUACCCUUUCUCGCCCUCCGCCUUCAACAGCUACAUCCAUGACAACGACUACUUCUGCACCGCAGAGAACCAGGCCGGCAAGAUCCGCAGCCCCAGCAUCCGCAUCAAAGCAGUGUUCAGGGAGCCCUACACGGUGCGGGUGGCAGACCAGCGGUCCAUGCGGGGCAACGUGGCCGUGUUCAAGUGCCUCAUCCCCUCGGCCGUGCAGGAGUACGUCAGCGUGGUGUCCUGGGAGAAAGACACCGUCUCCAUGGUGCCAGAUUCGUGGCUGAACGACGACAUUAAGAACAUACAGCUGGCGGGUUAUACACUCUAUCGGCAGGACAGAACAGCAGCCUUUGGUAAGACAUGGGGCGGGGGCCUAUGCAUAUUUGUAAACAAUAGCUGGUGCAUGAUAUCUAAGGAAAUAUCAAGGUUUUACUCCCCUGAGGUAUAGUAUCUCAUGAUAAGCUGUAGACCACACUAUCUACCUAGAGAGUUUUCAACUGUAUUUUCUGAAGCUGUCUACAUACAACCACAGACCGAGGCUGGCACUAAAACCACACUCAAUAAGCUGUAUUCCACCAUAAACAAACAUGAAAACGGUCAUCCAGAGGCUGAGCUCCUAGUGACUGCGGACUUUAAUGCAGGGAAACUUAAAUCAGUUUUACCUAAUUUCUAUCAGCAUGUUAAAUGUCCUACCAGAGGGGAAAAAAUUAUAGACCACUUUUACUCCACACAGAGACGCGUAGAAAGCUCUCCCUCGCACUCCAUUUUGGCAAAUUUAACGAUAACUCUAUCCUCCUGAUUCCUGCUUACAAGCAAAAAUUAAAGCAGGAAGCACCAGUGACUCGGUCUUUAAAAAAGUGGUCAGAUGAAACAGAUAAUAAACUACAGGACUGUUUUGCUAGCACAGACUGGAAUACGUUCCGGGAUUCUUCUGAUGGCAUUGGGGAGUUCACCACAUCUUUCACUGGCUUUAUCAAUAAGUGCAUCGAGGAUGUCGUCCCCACAGUGACUGUCCGUACAUACCCCAACCAGAAGCCAUGGAUUACAGGCAACAUUCGCACUGAGCUAAAGGGUAAAGCUGCCACCAUCAAGGAGCGGGACUCUAACCCGGAAGCUUAUAAGAAAUCCUGCUAUGCCCUAACCAUGAAACAGGCAAAGUGUAAAUACAGGACUAAGAUCGACUCGUACCACACCGGCUCCGACGCUCAUCGGAUGUGGCAGGGCUCGCAAAUUAUUACAGACUACAAAGGGAAGCACAGCUGAGAGCUGCCUAGUGACACGAGUCUACCAGAUGAGCUAAAUAACUAUAAUGCUCGCUUCGAGGCAAGUAACACUGAAACAUGCAUGAGAGGAUCAGCUGUUCCGUACAACUGUGUGAUCACCCUCUCCGCAGCCGAUGUGAGUAAGACCUUUAAACAGGUCAACAUUCACAAGUCCGCUGGGCCAGUCGGAUUACCAGGACGUGUACCCAUAGCAUGUGCUUACCAACUAGCAAGUGUCUUCACUGACAUUUUCAACCUCUCCCUGUCUGAGUCUGUAAUACCAACAUGUUUCAAGCAAACCACCAUAGUCCCUGUGCCCAAGAACACUAAGAUAACCUGCCUAAAUGACUACCGACCCGUAGCACUCACGUUUGUAGCCAUGAAGUACUUUGAAAGGCUGGUCAUGGCACACAUCAACACCAUUAUCCCAGAAACCCUAGACCCACAUUAAUUUCCAUACCGCACCAACAGAUCCACAGAUGCAAUCUCUAUUGCACUCCACACUGCCCUUUCCCA